UGCGGAGAAUGGCGGCGUCUUCUAGUGGCGAGAAGGAGAAGGAGCGGCCGGGCGGCGGCUCGGGAGCUGCAGGCGGUAACAGUACGCGUGAGAGGCUGCUGUCUGCGCUGGAGGAUCUGGAGGUCUUGUCGAGUAUUAAAAUGGCUACACAAAAAUUCACCAGGUUUGAGAACUUAUAGAAAUGCUGGCGAUUUCUAGAAACCAAAAGUUGUUACAGUCUGGAGAGGAAAACCAGGUCCUGGAGUUGUUAAUUCAUAGAGAUGGGGAAUUUCAAGAACUAAUGAAAUUGGCACUUAAUCAGGGAAAAAUCCAUCAUGAAAUGCAAGUUUUAGAAAAAGAAGUAGAAAAAAGAGACAGUGAUAUUCAGCAACUACAAAAACAGCUAAAGGAAGCGGAACAGAUACUGGCAACAGCUGUUUACCAAGCAAAAGAAAAACUCAAGUCAAUAGAAAAAGCAAGAAAAGGUGCUAUCUCCUCUGAAGAAAUAAUUAAGUAUGCACAUAGGAUUAGUGCAAGUAAUGCUGUGUGUGCCCCACUGACCUGGGUCCCAGGGGACCCACGGAGACCAUACCCAACUGAUUUGGAGAUGAGAAGUGGAUUAUUGGGCCAGAUGAACAACCCUUCCACUAAUGGAGUGAACGGUCAUCUACCAGGGGACGCACUUGCAGCAGGCAGAUUGCCAGAUGUCCUUGCCCCACAGUAUCCAUGGCAGUCAAAUGACAUAGCAAUGAAUAUGUUACCACCAAAUCACAGUAAUGACUUUUUGUUGGAACCUCCAGGACAUAACAAAGAAAAUGAAGAUGAUGUAGAGGUUAUGUCAACAGACUCCUCAAGCAGUAGUAGUGACUCUGAUUAAAAAAGCAUAAGACAAAAACAUACAGAAUUGAAUACUAUAGAAUUCUGUUUCUUAAAUAAUUGCAAACCUGUAAAAAUAGCCAGGUGAUAAUCGGCUAUAGUGGAAUUGUGCUGCCUAUUAAAAAUCACAGUGGACUUUCUUUUUAAAGCCAAAAAGCAUGGUUUCAGUUCUAAACCACUAGGUGAAUAUUUAGAGAAAAUCAAAAUUUACUGUUGGAAAAAAAGAUUAUUCAGUUCAUUGUUGUCUUGUUCUAUUUCAGUUGUGUUGGACUUUGUGCAUAAGAGUUCUGGAAAUAAGAUUUGAGGGAAAUGACCCAUGUACAUAUCACUAAUAGGCCUCCUGGAAUUAUUUAGAAAAGCAUAAACAAAGGCAGCAGAUCACUGAAUGUGCAUAACUCAGAAUAACAGAAACCCUCAUUUGAAAGUAAAGGCCGUUAGCUUCUGUCUCAGGAACAGGAGAAAUUGUCUCAAUUUGUACUAUUUGUAAUUAUUGUAUAUUUUGUAAGUAAACUCACUUUUGUUUGUA